GGUAAUAGGACAAGGAGUGGUGCAAAGGUGCGUUCACGGCUAUUUUGAAUAGAAAGUACAAAGCCGUCAAACUGGAAAUCCUGCUUGCUACACGCCCGCCUGUAGAAACACCGUGUUGGACGUCUGGCUACACAGACGGUAAAGGUUCGUGUUUACUGUAGUUUCUUGAAAGAAAACCGGCAAAAUGAGCAAAAUCUCCAAGUUGUUUAAGGGGAGCUCCGAUUCGAGUUCCUCGUCCAAACACCAUCGGUCGCGGGGUGGACCUUCACCCCAGGAGGCCAUCCACAGACUCCGGGAAACCGAGGAGAUGUUGACAAAGAAGCAAGAAUAUCUGGAGAAGAGGAUAGAGCAAGAGUUAGCGCUCGCCAAGAAGCACGGCACAAAAAACAAACGCGCUGCACUGCAGGCCUUGAAGAAGAAGAAGCGACUGGAGCAGCAGCUCACCCAGAUCGAUGGCACACUGUCCACCAUUGAGUUUCAGAGAGAAGCGCUGGAGAACUCACACACCAACACCGAGGUUCUGAAGAACAUGGGUUAUGCAGCUAAAGCCAUGAAGCACGUGCAUGAGAACAUGGACAUUGGUAAGAUAGAUGACCUGAUGCAUGACAUCACGGAGCAACAGGACGUGGCUCAGGAGAUCAGUGAAGCCAUCUCCAGACCUUUUGGGGAAACAUUUGACGAGGAUGAGCUGCUGGCAGAGCUGGAAGAGCUGGAGCAGGAGGAGCUUGAGAACAGCAUGAAGAAGAUGGGUGGAUUACCCAGCGUGCCCAACGCCAAACUGCCUUCAGCAAGGCCCGGUCAGCGUGCAACAACAAAGAAAAGGGUUGAAGAUGAUGAUGAUAUGCGAAUGCUGGCAUCAUGGGCAACUUAAGGAAAUGCAGGCUUAAACGCAGGCUUAAACUCACUGAAAGUGAGACACACUUUGUAUAAAUCAUAAUUCUUUUGUCUUUUUUUUUUUUAGUGAAGUGCAUAUUUUCUCUGUAACCAUUUAGUCCAGCUGUGCAAGAGGUAUUAUGAGGAAAUUAAAAAGUGUAAAUGAAGGAAUCAACAGACUUUUAGAUGUUUAUUUUUUGUUUGUUUGCUUUUGUUUUGUCUCGCGCUGUCUUAGAAUAUACUGCCUGUAAAGGCCUGAAGACAUGAAGACGGCUGGUCUUUAAUAUGAAGCAGAAUUCAAAUUGUUUUUCAAACUGCUGUAAAUAUGCAUAGACCCCUCAUCCCUGUUGUACAUACAGUAUGUAGCUUUUCACUUCUAAAUAAAACCCUACAUAAUAGCGUUGCAAAUAAC